AAACUUCUCAGGUCGGCCUCUCUCUCUCUCUCUCUCUCUCUCAUGCAAUAUGUCAAUAGGAAGAUCGAUCCGACCUUCGUCACCCUUAGCUUCUCUGUAAUUCAACCGCGCAUUUUGUGAUAACUCUCUCUCUUUCAUGUAAUAUGUCAAUGUAGUGGAAAAUGGCUGGAAAGGGCGGGAAGGGGCUUUUGGCGGGAAAGACUACGGCAGCGGCAGCGGCGGCUACAAAGGAGAAGGACAAGAAAAGGCCUGUUUCUCGCUCAUCCAGAGCCGGCCUCCAGUUCCCGGUUGGCCGGAUCCACCGCCAUCUGAAAUCAAGGACUUCUGCCCAUGGGCGUGUUGGGGCCACUGCCGCUGUGUACUCCGCUGCUAUUCUCGAGUAUCUGACGGCCGAAGUGCUUGAGUUGGCAGGAAACGCAAGCAAAGAUCUGAAGGUGAAGAGAAUCACUCCAAGGCAUCUGCAGUUGGCCAUUAGAGGGGAUGAGGAGCUCGACACCCUCAUCAAAGGAACCAUUGCCGGAGGCGGCGUCAUCCCUCACAUUCACAAAUCUCUCAUCAACAAAACCACCAAAGAUUAAGGUCCAUUGCCCCUCACUCUGCUCUCAAGAGUGAUCCCCCCUCCAAACUGAUUGUUCUGUUUAUUUAUGCUUGUUUAGAUCUAUGUAAUGUUUUCCUAGUGCUACCAUGUUAGUGUUUCGUGGGUGCUUAAAUUAUCCUAGCAACUGACAGCCUUUGUUUAGGAAGAAGUAGGAAUUUGGAUAGAUUCUCAGGUUUGUUUUUGCAUCUUUCAUGUGCUUGUGAAAGUUCUCCUCGCCCCUUCUCAAAUGACAUAUUUGAAAAAUUAAAUUAG